ACAGACAGAACAGAUCUAACAACAGAAAUUCAAUUGAUAUUCGUUAAAUAUUCACACACAUUAAAAUAUCUUCAUUAUUUGUGUGUUUGUUUUUGGACUUGCCCCUGUAUUAGUCUUCAGAAAUGUGUGUUAUCUCUCCAGUUUGUUUGUUUGUGUGUGUGAGGACGCUGACAGUGGCUGAAUAUUGAUGAGAGGCCCCUCCACACCCCUUUCCCAUGACUGUCAGGAGGACCGGGUGGCACUGCAGCAUGGCACUCCAUCUCAGGCAGAGAAAAAGAACAGCACUGUGCUUGUGUUUAAAUGCAAAGAACAAAAAAAAAAAACCCUCUGGCAAGAAAAAAGAGAGCAACUCUUUAUGGUGUCUCAGUCUUAUUAUAGCCCUCUUGAUCACUGCUGCACAUUCACACAUACUUCUAAUGAAGACACAAACUUCUUUGAUCCAUUUUUAACACACUGGCUCCCACAGAAAUGCAACUUCAUCCACAUUUAUUCUGCUAUUGCAACAUUCAUCUCUCAGGCUUACAAUUUAAUCCACUUCAUGAAUCACUCCAUUGACCAUAACUGAACAUUUGCUCAAGCAAUCUAGCAGCAAUUGUGUUUUCAGUUCCGCCUCCCUGAUCUUGAUGAGUCAAAUAAAGCAAAAAUGUCUUUCCCUUUAAGAGACGCGGAAAAAAAAAUGUGAGAGCACUCGAAGCUCAUAUUUAUUUAAACAGAGCUUGUGUGUAAACUCAUGUGGCCAUACAAGAUUGCAGCAGUACCUUCCCUUGCUGUAAAACUGACCAAUCACAGGCCACACUGCAGGGCUCCCGUUUGAAGCUUCAGUAGUACGGUAGUGUUGCCCGGCAACCAGAAUCAGCACAUUUCUGGGAGGUCCUGUGUGGAUGGCAGCAGCUGUAGGAGGGAGAGGGAGACAGAGAGGAGACGAGAGGAGAAGGAGAAGGGGACAGAGAUAGGAGGAGGAGGAGAGAGAAGGAGGGGAGAAAAGGAGGAGAGGGAUGGCAAAGGAAGGAGCCACGCUGCCUUGUCUCGUUAGAAAGUUUGGUGUUGCAGCAGAGGAGGAGAGACAACGGUAUAGAGGAGGAGGCAGAAGAGGAGACUGUUGAUGAUCCUCAGUGAGGGAGUUCGGGAGGAUUCCCCCUCUUAUUUGUGCUCCCACACAUUCCUGUACCUGUGCCUGCUGGAGCGGUGCAGAGCUCCGGCUGUAUAGCCAUGAUGUCUCAGAGGAUCCCGGGCUGACGCACUGUGUUCAGAGACCAGCACAGAGGACAGACGGACUGACCUGGAUAGGAGCUAAAGCGCACAGCUGAAGCUAUAUCAAGCUUGUUUUCGCAUGUGGAUCCUUUGGCUGUAGUACUGGGUCCAGAUCCAGCUCGUAGAGAGUUCCUUAAGGGACCGGUUAGUGAUGACUGAGGUUGUUCUGGGGCCGUUUAAAGCCACUCAGGACGGAUUCAACAUCUCUGUCUGUGUUGCUGAAAUAAGCAGGGUCCUGUGCGUUUGGUGCCAUGGUGCCUUUUGAUGUUCUCGCAUCCAACGCGGCUAUCUCACCCUGUUGACCAUCUGAAGUGAGGAUGUGGAAGUUCAAAGCGUUUUGCCUGGAUUACUGGCAUGUGCUGUGUUUGCACCCGCACAACAACUUUUAUAAAAGUGUGGAAGGGGAUGGACGGCCCAAUGACAGUGGGCCUUCCCUGGACGGUGGAGCCGGCUAUGGUCCAGGCCCGGUGACUCACGGCUCGGCCAUCAGCCCCGACCGAUUUGAGAGUCCGCUUUACAGCCACGGGGUCCAGCCUGGGCCUCAGAGACCCCGUAGGCCCAAGCUCCAGCACUCGCAGUCCAUCCUCCGGAAGCAGGCUGAAGAGGAGGCCAUCAAGCGGUCCCGCUCGCUCUCUGAGAGCUAUGAGCUCUCUGCAGACCUCCAGGACAAACAGGUGGAGAUGCUGGAGCGUAAAUAUGGUGGACGGUUCAUAACUCGGCAUGCAGCUCGCACCAUCCAGACGGCCUUCCGCCAGUAUCAGAUGAACAAAAACUUUGAACGCCUCAGGAGCUCUAUGUCUGAGAACCGUAUGUCCAGGCGAAUCGUUCUGUCCAACAUGAGGAUGCAGCUCUCGUUUGAGGGCCCUGAGAAAGUGCACAGCUCCUACUUUGAAGGGAGGCAGGUGUCCAUGACAGAGGAUGGCACCCCGCUGUCUAUGGUGCAGUCUGAAUGUGGAGAUAUAGAGGUCCACCAACAGGCCAACAUGGCGUCUCACCCAGCCCAACAGGGUGAUCUAACAGAUGCCAUCACGGAGCUGGAGGACGCCUUCUCCAGGCAGGUGAAAUCCCUGGCCGAGUCGAUAGAUGAUGCACUGAACUGUCGCAGCCUGCAGGGGGAUGAGGGUCCUGACCCAGAGGCCAUGGGCUGCUCUCAGGUGGAGAGGGAGGUGCCCUAUCAGGUGAAGUCCCACCGCAGGGCAGCUGGACGCAUGCACGAUGAAACCAUGGCGUCCUAUAGCGAUGUUACUCUAUUCAUCGAUGAGGAGGACAUGUCCCCCUCUAUGGCCCUGUCGAGGUCAGGGGACCAGCCCUCUAGCACAGAAUCAGACUUGAGGUUGCGGUCAGUCAAUUCCUCUCAGGAGUACUGGCCUAUUGACCCCAAAGAUGAGGGCCGUGACACAGACACGAGCUGCCGCAGCACUCCUUCUCUAGAGUGCCAAGAGCAGCGUCUCAGAAUGGACCAUCUUCCUUUGUUGACCAUAGAACCUCCUAGUGACAGCUCUGCAGAGCUCAGCGACCGGUCCGAGCGCAGCUCUGUCAAACGGCCGCCUGGGUAUGAACCACAUGGCCACAUUGUAACAUCAUCCCAAGCAAGCCCAAAACACAUAUCCCAUGGACCCCCGCCUAGAGCCCCUUCCCGUGAUGAUGAUGCACCUCUGCGGCACCGUCAUCGCCAGCUGGAGAGCCACUUGGCCAUCAACGGCUCUGCCAACAGACAGAGCAAGUCAGAAUCCGACUACUCUGACGGGGACAACGACAGCAUCAACAGCACAUCCAACUCCAAUGACACCAUCAACUGCAGCUCCGAGUCGUCCUCCAGAGACAGCCUACGGGAGCAGACGCUCAGCAAGCAGACGUACCACAAAGAGACUCGUAACAGCUGGGACUCGCCCAUCUUCAGCAAUGACGUUAUUCGCAAGAGGCACUACCGCAUCGGCCUGAAUCUCUUCAACAAGAAGCCAGAGAAAGGCAUCCAGUACCUGACUGAGAGGGGAUUCAUCCCUGACACACCGGUUGGCGUGGCUCACUUCCUGCUGCAGAGGAAGGGACUGAGCAGGCAGAUGAUCGGAGAAUUUCUCGGAAAUCGACAGAAACAGUUCAACAGAGACGUCUUGGACUGCGUGGUUGAUGAAAUGGACUUCCAGAGCAUGGAGCUUGACGAGGCUCUCCGGAAAUUUCAGAACCACAUCCGUGUUCAGGGUGAGGCCCAGAAGGUGGAGCGACUUAUUGAAGCCUUCAGCCAGCGCUACUGCAUCUGUAACCCCACAGUGGUGCGGCAGUUCAGGAACCCUGACACAAUCUUCAUCCUGGCGUUUGCCAUCAUCCUCCUGAACACCGACAUGUACAGCCCCAACGUCAAGCCAGAGAGGAAGAUGAAGAUGGAGGAUUUCAUCAAAAAUUUAAGAGGUGUGGAUGAUGGGGAGGAUAUUCCCAGGGAGACUCUGGUCGGCAUCUAUGAGAGGAUCCGUAAGCGCGAGCUUAAGACCAAUGAAGACCAUGUCUCACAGGUGCAGAAGGUUGAGAAGCUCAUCGUGGGGAAGAAGCCAAUUGGAUCCCUCCACCACGGCCUGGGAUGUGUUCUGUCGCUUCCUCAUCGUCGACUGGUGUGUUACUGCCGUCUGUUUGAAGUGCCCGAUCCCAACAAGCUCCAGAAGCUGGGCCUGCAUCAGCGGGAGAUCUUCCUGUUCAACGACCUCCUAGUGGUAACCAAGAUUUUCCAGAAAAAGAAGAACUCUGUGACGUACAGUUUCAGACAGUCUUUUUCACUUUACGGGAUGCAAGUCAUGCUGUUUGAAAACCAGUAUUACCCAAAUGGAAUCCGACUAACAUCAGCCAUACCAGGUGCGGACAUCAAAGUCCUCAUCAACUUUAAUGCGCCCAACCCCCAGGACCGCAAGAAGUUCACAGAUGACCUGCGAGAGUCCAUUGCCGAGGUCCAGGAAAUGGAGAAAUACAGAAUAGAGUCUGAGCUGGAGAAGCAGAAGGGUGUGGUGAGGCCCAGCAUGUCGCAGAGCUCCGGCCUGAAGAAGGAGGCUGGCAACGGGAGCAUGAACCGCGCCAGUCUGGACGACACCUACGCCAUGGGAGAGGGCCUGAAGAGGAGCGCGCUCAGUAGCUCCCUGAGAGACCUCUCAGAAGCAGGCAAGCGUGGGCGUCGCAGCAGUGCAGGAUCACUAGACAGCAAUAUGGAAGGGUCCAUCAUUAGCAGCCCACACACACGCCGAAGAGCCACCGCGCCACGUGAGGGCGUGCCCCGCGGCCACUCCUCCAUCCCUAACUCGGCGUCUACUUCCAUCCUCGGGACGCUCUUUGGCAGCAAGCGAGGCAAACCGUCAUCCCAGGGCCAUCCGUCUUUACCUACACCGGGUCACCCCACUCUAAUAUCCCACAAACCCCACCCGACCAACCUGCACCACACAGCACAGGUCGUGCACACAGUACAACAUCACGGCCACCAUUCCCAGUACUGCCAAGUCCCACAGAACCCGCCGCCUUACCACCACCACCACCAUUACCACCCUCCUCCCCACACGCACCACCACCAGCACCCGGCGUACGCCUCACACACACACCAACACAGCCACUCGCAGCACAGCCACUACAGCCAGCAUUCCCAUCACUCCUCGCACUCCCAGCAUGCCCCUCACCACCACAGUCAGCAGGCGAUUUCGGCUCCCGGCGGACCGAAACCCAAACACAGUGGCAUCAGCACCGUAGUGUGAUGCUGAGAAGAGGCGGGACUUAAUGAAGGAGGGACUUUUGCUUACACCAAAGGGACUGACCGCAUAACUCUAUGGCCUGUCCACUGUGUUUAACUGCUGCUGUGAUGGGGACGAGUCACAAGCAGCCAACUCUCUCACCUCCAGUUCCAACUUAUAUGCAGGAUGGAAAUCAGACUCAAAUCUUCCACCAGGGGCCUUUUACUAGUUCGCCUGAUCCCAGGCCAGGCCCCAUCAGGGUUUUCUGGGGAUGCAAACAGUAAAAAAGCUCUAUGUUUUCCGAACAUCGCCUGGCUGUGACGGCUGUGGAAGGAAGUGUUUCCCCACUGAGCCGCUCCCCAACCGUCUCAUCCCUCAACUACCCGUCUUACCUUCACAUAAUCAGGAGGAAAAGGCGAUGGAGACAAGAACAGAACAUGGCUGACUGUUUUCUCCGUCACGAUGAUGGCGUAAUUCCUCGUGCACAGAAGUCAGAUUUCAACUCUUUGGUUUGCAGAUCUUUCCAUCCUAUGAAUGCAAUUUGUUGUUGCCUCCUGUAGAGUUCAUGUGUAGUGAAGAACCUAGAUAUAAUCAUUUCACACUAAAUCAAAGGACAGGUAAAGAGCUGAGUCAACCCUCUCAGUCAUUGUAGUUCUAGUGCUGUAUUUACUGUAGAUGACAGCUAUAUGUGUUGUCUCCUAGCUCUCAUAAAUAAAUGUGCCAAUUAUUAAUGCAUAAUCUAUUUAGUCAAGACUUCAUGUACAGUAUAUUGUGCGUAAAGUAAUUUGUAAGAUUAUACUUACAACUAUUAUUAUCAGCAAAGAUGAAUUCUAUCAGUAUUAUACUGGCUCUGUGGAAACAGGAUGAAGAUCCGAAGGAGUGAAGCCCAUUCAGACUGGCCUUUAAUCUUUUCUAGAACUUUUUGCCUUUUGAAUAGAUCUGAAGGAGCCUCUAGGUGGCAGCUGUUGCAUAUGGGCUUCAAAAAUGUGUCAUAUCACAGCUGAGGCCCCGAAGCAGACUUUUCAUGUAAAUUCUCACAAGGUUGGUUGUUUUAAUCUCAGUUUUUGCCUCAUGUGGCUGCUAGAAGAUAGAAAGUAUACAAAUAACUCCAAAGCUACGUUCCUGCUACACAUAGACCCACAGCAUGGGUCGGACAUCUGAAUUUUUUUGCCUUUAAAAAUAUGUGACUGCUGCCCUCUUGACCCUUCAAAAUAAAAGCAGAAAUACCCAUAAAAUCUUAAUUUGCAUUAAGUUUUUUUUUUUUUAUUCAGCAUCUAGGUUUAAUGAGUGGAUAAAAUCAGUUCUUACAUAGUAAUGUUUUUUUCAUCAUUUUUUUCUUCUAUCCAAUGUGCAAUAUCUUUGUACUGAUUUUGUGCAUUCAUAACAAGAUGACCCUUCCCAAUCUGUGCGUUUUUCCAUGUUGCGUCAUUAUUUAUUAAUAUUUGUUUUUGAUCCCAUGUCAGAGUCUUUUUCUCUAUAAAUUAAUGUGCGGCUGUCCUCCUGCUCAUCCAAGAGGUACAGACUUGGAGUUCAGUGGAAUGUCUAGUGAGUGAUUUUUGCAUGUAAUGUUAUUAAUGUGAGGCUAUCCUCUGCACAUUGUAUAACAAAUCAGUGUUACCAUAGCAAGUAAAAAGUGCAAUCAUGUUCAGAAAAUGCAGACUUGUACUGAGAGUGGAAGUCUGUUCUCUUGUUGUCCAGGACGAGAUUCAGGUGAAAAAAAUUUUUUUUUUUUUUUUUUUUUUUCAUUAAGGAAUAUAUAGAUAGUUACUUACACGGUUCAUGGUGGGAAGAGGAAUGUGUGUAUAUAUUUUAAUAAAAGGAAAAUUCUUCUCUUUGGGCUGAACAGAAAUAUUUUGCUGGAUAAGCACAUAUGGAAGAGAAAACUUUCAUUUUUUUCAGGAAAUGCAAUUCUAAUAUACAAAAUGCAAACUGAACAAAAGAUCUGGGUAUAUGUAAAGAGAACUUUCUACAUUCUACAAAUAAGAAUCUAUUCUAGUGUGUAAAUUAGUGACAGUGAACUGUUUGUCCCGAUAUUCAGGUUGUAAAUGUAUUUUAACAUUCACAAAUAAAAGCAUUGCCAUAAGUCAGGCUUAUCCUCACCUCAUGUGAAUUAACAAGGGAAGCUGAGAUGACAGACAUAUCACACAGGGGACAUUAAUGAUCAGUUGAAUGUGUCUUUCCAUUGAUUUCAUAUUUUUGAUAUGAUUCUGAAAUCUUGGGAUGAUGUAAAACCGAAAGAAUUGUGUUUAUUUUUUCGUGUGUGUUGUAGUGUUUCAAACGUCUCCAGUCAUUGUUUGUGAGAAAUUACCCCAACAAUGCACUGCAUGGUUCAUCAUGUGUCCUCUUCACUGUGAGCUGACGGACAGGAAAAAAAAAAAAAAAUCAGCGUAUAGAUUUUGACUUCUCAGUUUGUUUGUUUUUUAAUUCUUCUUGAAUUUCCCUGAUGUUGUUCUUGUUGUUCCAUGUUUGACUGGUAGAUAUCGAAGCUCGGCAUGCAUUUCAUUAUCAAAGCCAUUGUGUAAAAUACAAACAUAAAGAACAUUGCACUUCUGUUGCUGAGGGCUGUCAUGGUGUAAAUAUGGGAUUAUGAUGUGCAAACUGCUCGGAAAAAAGUGAGGCUUUAUCUCUGUGAAGCUGUAAAGGGACCAAGACGGGGGUUUCAAAAGGAACUGUACAUAAUGUGUAUAUGACCAGUGCCCUAUUCUGAUACCUGCACUUCAGAUCAGGAUGUAUAUACAUCACCUCAUAGAUGGAUCAGAGGGGUGACACAUGAAACAUAUCGAUUGUCUCUGCCUCCAGUUGUCAUGAAGUGACAUUUGCUGUGGAAAUCAAACACAGACUGUUAGAAAGUUUGCUGCCAUUUUACAUCCAGCUCUCUUUUCAUACAGCCCCCACCCUACACACACGCACACAUACUGUACACAAACCUACACACAUCCUGCUGCAAGCUGUUCAGUCUGGUGUGAGACACAUUUGGAAAAAAACAAACAUGAAAAGACAAGAAUGGCCUCAUUUCUAUGUGCAUUCUGUUUGUACAGUGAGUAGUGAGUCAGUAAGACCCCAGUUAUUGUAAAACUUCAACUGUGACAAUGUUGAGAACGCAAAAUAAACAAAUAUAUGACUUAUGGUA